AUGAAGAGACUAGCAGUGGAUUUCUCUUUUGCGCUUCUUCUUGUGGAUUUAGUUCUGGGACUUACUGCACAGCCUUUACCUGGGGUGCACCAUGACGCACAGCACCAUGGAUCAAGCGUUGGAUUCAGGCGCACCGAGCACCGGCAGCAUGCUAGCAGGCUGCCCCUCUACAUGAUGCAGCUCUACCGGACCAUGCUGACCGAGGACCGGGCUAGGACCACUGCUGCCAGCGUGAAACACACCAAGGCUGAGGACAGCACUGGCCUGCACGACUCCGACUCUGUGAUCAGCCUUUUAGCCAAAAGCUGCCAGCAGAUUGGAAACAGGUGGUCCAUUACCUUUGACAUCUCUUCCAUGUCUGCAACUGACCAUGUCCAACUAGCUGAACUUCGUAUCCGCCUGCCCGCCUUCACAGAGUCCUCACAGGCUUCAGUGGACAUCUACCACUCUCAGAGGGAUGGAUGCUCUGGUAUUCACUGCCCCAAGAACAGACUGUUCCUGGGCCGCCUGAGAGCUCAUCCCAGCACGAUGGAGUCCCCCUCCUCAUGGAAGGUUUUCAACAUGACAGAGAUGCUGCGUGGCUGGCACCAGGGAGACACCACACAGAGGAUGGAGGAGGAAGCUGAAGUGGAGAAGGAGGAGGGAGUCCAACACCCCACAGCCGACCGUGUGAUGAUGGUGGUCUUCUCAAGGCAGAACCCCAACACUCAGCGAAUGCCAACGCUCAUCCGCACAGCAGAGCACUCCAAGUAUGUCAGCAUGGACAGGGAGCGAGCAACGCUUAGCUCUGGUUCCAGGAGGGGCAGACGCAGGGCGAAGAGGCACCACCAUAAGCAGCAGCAGAAACAGAGAGCUGUUGGAACUGUUUCUGGCAGCAAGCCAGCAGAUGAGGAGAAGAAGGGUCAUCUCUGCAGGAAGGUGGACAUGUGGGUGGACUUUGAGAAGCUUGGCUGGACCGACUGGAUUGUCUAUCCCAAACGGUACAAUGCUUAUCGCUGUGAGGGAAGCUGUCCUACACCGGUGGAUGAGACCUUCACUCCAACCAACCAUGCUUAUAUGCAGAGCUUACUGAAACUCCACCACCCAAACAAGGUACCAUGUCUGUCCUGUGUGCCAACACGCCUGGCACCACUCUCAAUGCUAUACUACGAGAACGGGAAGAUGGUCAUGAGGCAUCAUGAGAACAUGGUGGUGGAAGAAUGCGGCUGUCACUGAGAAAUACAGACUCAAACCUCUUGGUGAAAGACCAAAAAAGACUGAAGCCACCGGGCCAUUGGUCAAAAGUAGUAAGCUAAAGACACAAGCUGCUCAGG